CUAAUGUGAAAUACUACUAGCUAGAAAAGAGCAACUAUGUACAUGACCAGGCCUAUCUCUCACUAUAGAAGUUAUCCUGAGUUUCUUUCAUUACCUCCUGAUGGUCCAAAUUCAGGUUAUUUGGUCAUCCAAGAUAUAGAGCCUGAGGAAAUUGUUACUUGCUUCAUAUUGAGUCAGGGCUAUAAUCGUCUGCCUUUCCCUCAGAACAUCAACUUGACCACUAAGUAUCAUUCAGGCGAGAAUACAUACCACGCACAUUAUGCCUUUUUUCCUGUUCUCAAUCAACCAUUGUCCACAAACCAGUAUUAUGUGAUUAAUACUCAUAAAAGGGAUAAAGGGAAGGCAUAUUGUUGUUCAAAGGAAGAAGAUGUGUUUACUUGUUGUUUCUGCAGACAUGGUGCUGAUGUAGAGCCACGACCAUUAGAUCCUGAUAACAUAUAUCAGCAAUUUGAAAUUGUUGAUGAUGCAUCCGAGGGUAGUUUCUAUGCCAAAUCUGUGGCUCAUAAUGGUGUCCCUCCAUGGUUAUUGAGGAGGGGAGGAUGGACUGUUCAAACUAAAAAUUCCAGUUCCACAAAGUAUAUAUUAGGUGAGGCUUUAGGGCUUGACACUGCUCUUCCUGGACGCCUUCCUGAUUUAAGCUUUCCACUGUCUCGUAUGAGUUCAGAAGCUGUUGUGAUAGGUAAGUGGUACUGUCCAUUCAUGUUCAUCAGAGAUGGUACGUUGACAGCAAGGGAUCAGAUGGAAAAUUCAAGAUUUUAUGAGAUGACACUUGAGCAAAGAUGGGAACAGAUAUUUGAGUGCAACAAUAAUGAUCACAGCAAUGUUGUAAUGGUUGAUGCAGUCGUUCAGAGAGAAGUUGUAUUGGUUGGAGACAGGGAGGCUGUGUGGGAUGAGAAGAAUGUGGUUGAUAAAACUAUAAGGUUUACGAGUUUUGGGACCACAGGAGAAGAAGUAAGUGUAGGAUUGAGGUUAGAGAUUGUUGAGAGGAUGAAAUGGGAGGAAGAAAGAGGUGGAUGGCUUUGUGGAGAUGAAAGGGUGGUGACAGUUGAUAAAGUGGAGGAGUUUGGAGGAGGUGCUGAAGGAUGGAGGAAAUUAAGAUGCUAUGUCUUGGUGGAGAGGUUUGUGUUGAAGAGAACCGAUGGAAGUUUAGUUAUGACUUAUGAUUUUAAGCACACUCAUGAACUCAACUGCACGUGGGAAUAAAUUUAUUCGUGUUUUUCCUUGUUUGAUUUAGCUCAAGCACUCCCUUGUUUGCUGUAUAUUUGAUAGUUCAUGUUCCUAACAAGUGUUUGCUGUAACAUUACAAGCUGCGCUGUAAAUUUUAGUUCCUGACGUGAUUGUAGGAGGAACCGGCUUUAUACAGACGAACCAAUUUACAGUGGCUUGGUAUGUUACAGCAAAUAUUUAUCAGGGGACUUUGGAGCCUUUAUGUGUUUAAAAGUGUUUUAGUUGUACUGUAUAAAUGUUGUAAAAUGACUGUGUUUGUUUUA